AUGCCGCGCCGCAGGUAUGGAAGCCCACCCCCACGAACGACCCUCCCAGCGCGGCCCCCUCCACCACCGCCAUCUAUGCCAGCGCACCCUCCUCCUCCGAGACAACCUGGACUAAUGGGACAGAUGGCCGCCACUGCUGGCGGUGUGGCUGUCGGUCAUGUUGUCGGCUCUGCUAUAACUGGAGCGCUAUCAGGAAGUGGAGGACAACCGGCUGUUCAACAACCGGCCACACAGCAGAUGGCUGCUCAGCCUGCUCAAUAUCAGCAAAACCCUUGUCAAUAUCACAUCGAUGAACUCAUCCGUUGCACGCAGACUCAAAAUGAUAUCACACUAUGUACUGGAUUCUCCGAAGCACUGAAAGAGUGCAGUCGAACCUAUGGACUCCAGCCGUAG